GGAUUAUCAAUUUAUAAGAAAACUCCAACCAAACAACUAAGGAUAAUGAUUUUCAUGAUUAAGAAGAAAGCUUCCGCUAUUUUUAUUUUUCUAUACACAUUAAAUGAGAGGAGGACCAGUUAAAUAUGAGUCGGUGGUUCUUUCGAUGCGUGCUUUCUAUUGUGAGUUUCUGUAAUAUCCCCUAAAAAUAUCAGAGUGCAAGAAAGUGUUUUAUUAAUAUUUCAUUUCGUUGGCAAAAAUCUUUAUUUUAAAGAUUUUAAAAAUAUGGAUUCGCAAGUUAAAGAAAAUUCAAAAUUUGUUAUUGAUCAUGAAGAUUCUGAUUUAUCUCAACAAUUAAACGAUGCAAGCAUGGAUGAGAUGUUGCAAUCCAUGGUUGAGGAAAACAGUCAUCUCGAAAAAUCUGAUUCAUUUCAAGAAACAAAUGAUGUAAACAUGGAUAGGAUAUUGCAAUCCAAGGUUGGAAAGAAUAACUAUCUCGAUUUAAAUGAAAAAGAAACCACAUCUACUGAGAAAAUUGCAUCAUUGGCUCCUGAGAAAGAAGAAGAAAUCAUCUACACCUCAGAUGAGGAAAUUGCCUCAAUCAGAAUUGGAAAUUGGAGCACAGAAGUUACAGGUUUUGUGAAGACUAUUAUUGCUCCACAAAGUUGCGGUGAUAAUAACCAGUAUCAAAAAAUGAUAUUCAUCCUAAGCAACGAAGCAAAUUCUUUGUGCAAAUUCUUUUUUUCUUAACUUAAAAUCUGU